AUGAAGGUCCGAGGGAAAAUUCUAAUGGGAAGAUGCUUCGAAAGGGAUUCUCCAAGUACGUCUCAGAAAAAUGAGAGUCCCAGAAAUUCCAAUGAUUUGACAUUUCAAAAGAAUUAUUCUUGCAAGUCACUGCAAAGUAAAGAUCAGUUAGCACCCACAGAAUUUGGAAAGAUUGCAAUAAAAGAAAAUGAAGCAUCUGCAGCUGAAGCUGGAAGUGGGCCUGACACUGGCUCGAAAGUUGGAGUUCAAAUAGAAAAAUCAGUCCCUCAGAAGCAGUGUGAACCACCUCUAGGAAAAGAGAAUCAGAAAGAAGGAAAGAAAGAUGUGAAACAAGAAUUGAAACUUAAAGGACUAGACGAUGGAGAACAGGAAGGUUUCAGUAAAAAUGACCAGAAACAGGAUAAAGUUACUUUAGAAACAACCAGCAUACCAGAACAAAUGGCACCUAAGGAACAAGUUAAGUCUCUUUCUGCUCCAUUUUUGAACAAGAAAAGAACGCCUGAAGUACUAGAAUCCAGUAGCAAAUCUCCUGGUGAUGACAUACAUUCAAGUCCAGAAACUAAAUGGAAAAAAACUUGUAAAAAAACAUGGAUUGAGGAGGAAAAGGAAGUUUGUGGUGAAAUCUAUGAAAAGGGUAAUGUUGCUACUCCGACAAAAGACAAUAAGAUUGAAAAGAAUCAAAAAAAAUACAGAAACCUUACUUUGGGCAAAAAAAUUAAGGGAUUCUGUGGAAAAGGAGAAACAUAA